AUGGAAAUUACUGGCGGGGAUGAAGGAGUAUUACCGCUCGAUGAACCAGAUCCAGCCUCUGGAGAUCCAUUACUUGA